GUAUGCGAUGUAACUUUAUGAUGUUUGAAUAAUAAGAUUCAACGAUAAGUUUAAUUGCAAUAGAAAGGUACAAGAAAUGGCAGAAAAUUCUAAUAAUCCGUACGAUAUCAAUGGACAACAUUUUAAUCCUGACAUGUAUUUUCAAAAAUUAUUAAAAGAAUGUACACUGAAACAGAUUAUGGAUCAUAAAACAGAAAUUAUAAAAAAUACUCAAACAUUGCAUUCUGACAUGCAAACAUUAGUGUAUGAAAAUUACAAUAAGUUUAUAUCUGCCACGGAUACAAUUAGAAAGAUGAAGACUGAUUUUAAAGAAAUGGAGGAAAGUAUGGAUCUGUUGGCAAAAAAUAUGGAUAGUAUUACUUCUUUCUCGGAGCAAAUUUCAUCAACAUUGCAAGGAACAAGACAACAAAUUUCCAAGUUAUCUUCGGUUCAUGCUCUCUUGAAAAAGCUGCAAUUUCUCUUCAAACUGCCUAGCAAUCUGAAAGAUAAAAUGAACGAAGAAAAUUAUAGACAGGCAGUGCAGGAUUACAUUCAUGCACAAAGAGUAUUAAAUCAAUAUGGCAAUAUGCCUUCCUUUCAAGGAAUACAAAAGGAUUGUGAAGAUAUUUUGGAGGAACUGAAAUCAAGGCUCAGGAUGCAGUUUCACAAGCGAGAUGCAUCAACUAAAUCUUUAGCUGAAAAUGUAGAUCUUUUACUGCAAUUAAAGGAACCAGCCGAUUCUUUAUGCGCAGAAUUUUUAACCCAUGCAGAUGGAAGACUAACAGAACAGUUAGACAUACUGAAAGAUAUGUGUGAAAAUGAUAUUAUAGAAUUUGUGGAUAUGGCCAGUUCUGGAUUUCUUAGUGAUUUAUGCCUUAUUGUUGCAUCUUACAACGAUAUGUUCAUAAAUAGACCUCCAACAGAAGAUAACCAGUUCACGGACGAUUUUGACACAAAAGCCAUUGCACGUUUAAACAGUUUUAUUAUGAGAAAUAUGAAAAAGUAUUUUGAUCUUGUUGGGAAAAGAGUAGAAAAUGUAGCUGAUACAGCAGUAUUAGUGCGAGCAUUGGAUAAAUUUCACAGAAGGCUGCAGGCUAUGAACAUGCUGUGCAAAGAAACAGACUUUGCAAGAAUAGGUACGGACAUUGUUGUUACCGCGGGUAGAAAACAAUGUCGCAAUCACUUGGAUAAUUUAAAGUCUCAUCUAAACGAAGCACUCGUUAAAGUAAGACAAAUAUUAGCGACUAAAGUUUCUCAAGAUGAAGAUGGAAGUUUAGCCGAACUUCAGGCGUUACUUAUCAUGCCUACUAUCGAGAAAGUUAAAGGAAUUUUACAAGACCUAUUGGUAUUCUUGCAACCCGACUUAUCGUUUAACUUAAAAACACAAUUUCUACAAAACUUUUGCGUGGAUGAAGUUAGAGAAGGUCUAGUGGUUGGAUUUCUACAUCAUUUAAUGGCUACCGCGAGUGGAUUCUGUUCUGGAUCCGACAUUCCAAAAUUUCCACCUACUCUACUGCUGUUAUUAAGCAAAAUGUGUAUCGAAUACAAGGAGAAUAAUGUCAAAUAUUUGCUUACUACCACCAAUGAUUUAUUUAACAUUGAUCAAUAUACAUCGGCUGGGAACGUAACCACUGACUCAGAGAUAUGCGAGAAGUUUCAAGAAGCAGCACAAAAUCUACUGAAUCAUUAUGUACGUAUUCAAGGUUUGGCGGUAUCACAAAUGUUAAGAAUAUCGGUGGAGACAAGGGAUUGGUUACACACGAUCGAACCAAGAACAGUCAGAUCCGUGAUGAAGAGGGUCGUAGAAGAUAUAACAAAAAUUGACACGCAAGUCGCUGCUUUGUACGACGAUUCGGACGGGCAGGUUGACAGAAGCAGCGAUAGCAGUAGGAAAACGCAUAGCGUGAGUGUCUCGAGACAUCACUACAGAUCCAACUGGUCAUCGUACACGCCCAGUCAUAUUGAUUCUUCCUUGAUGACGAAUAUCCACAAACUAUUUUCCGAACGUAUAGAGAUAUUUUCGUCGGUUCAAUUUAACAAAGCCUCUAUUUUAACCGGGAUCAUCAAGAUCAGUUUAAAGACUUUUUUGGAAUGCGUCAGAUUAAGAACAUUCAGCAAAUACGGUUUGCAACAAAUUCAGGUCGACACCCAUUACUUGCAGCUGUAUUUAUGGAGAUUCGUCUCGGACGAAAACGUUGUUCAUUUUUUACUGGAUGAAAUACUUGGAAGCGCUGUACAUAGAUGUUUAGAACCAGUUUUAAUGGAGCCGAGCGUCGUGGAUAUUAUUUGCGAAAGGGCGAAUAGCGAACCAUUAUCAAUGUUAAAUAUGCGAAUGACGUAGUAAUAUUAUAUUUAUAUGUUGUACAGUCUUUAGUAUUAUUACGUGUAAAGAUUAAAGGUAUUUAUUGAAUAUUAAUUGAAAUAUUAUUGUAAUCUACGAUAUAGAUUAUCCUGUACAUUCUUCUAGGUUUUAUCGUGCGAAUAUUUCGUUAUCGAUAUUGUACAUUCCAUAAAUAAAUUUUCUACGAAAUCUA